AUGACAGAUAUCGCGCCCCAUCUCGAGCGCCUAGGCCUUGAGCAGUACCUCGACAUCUUCCUGAGCGAGGGUUUCGACACAUGGGAGACCUUGGCCGACAUUCAAGAAAGUGACUUCGAUGCUCUCAGCGUCAAACUAGGUCAUCGCAGGCUGACUUUGACAAAGAAGCUGCAACGUGCAAUCGCUGACUACCGUGGCAUCCCGUACGAACGAGUCCUUGGAUCCCCAGCCCAGGAAGGACCUCCGGAAAGCGGCAAGGCUGCUGAGAGUGCUGCCACCCCAGUAGCGUCUACCGAACGCGCCUCGGGCCCGGCCGCUGAAACGAAGAGGAAGUAUAGGCGUCACCCCAAGCCUGACGACAAUGCACCUGAACGCCCUCCCUCGGCCUAUGUCAUUUUUUCCAACAAGAUCCGAGAAGAGGUCAAGGACCAGAACUUGUCUUUUACACAAAUCGCCAAACUCGUCGGCGACCGAUGGCAAAAGUUGGACCCUGCGGGCAAAGAGCCGUUCGAGGCUCAGGCAAAUGCGGCGAAGGAACGGUAUAACAUACAGCUGUCCACAUACCGCAAGACAGAUGCAUAUAAGGAUUACAUGCAGUACCUGGCAGAGUUUAAGAGCAAGCAAGGACAAUCGGCAGAGCCAAAGAGACCGAAACUCGAACCCGAAUCUAGUGACAGCAUCAUCUCGGCAAAGUCACUGGAGCUCAACCCGGAAUCAACAAGCCAACUUUCCGGUCAUGUCCGAGGGGGUUCGAUGGGAUCAGCUGCUUCAUCCUCCUUAACCGGUGGACCUACGCAGUCGGCGCGAGAAGCUGCAGGCCUGUCACGCCCACCCCUCCCCUCAUCUCGCAGCGGGUCACCUCCUUCGCUUCCGCAUGGGAGAGAUUAUCUGCGCCCUGGACUCCUAUCGACCCAAAGCUCGGUGUCGGACGACUCAUCAGGAAAGCGGAGUGAUGUGCCAGACUCUUUGAUGCGCACGGCGGCAUUGUCGUUAGGCACCGGUUCAUCGUCAGGGCCAGCACCACCACCGCCAACACCUUCGCUGCUGACUCCGGGGGCACCAGCUCCACUAGGUGAGGUCUUGGGUACCCCUGACUAUGUCGCGCGGACCCGGAUGGCGUAUAAUGCCGAUCAGCAGCAGCAGCAACAACAACAGCAUCAACAGCAUCAACAGCAGUCACAACUUGCUUCUGCCACACCGCCGUUCGGUAGUGCUCAAGCUAGUAUGAGUGCACCAGCACUACCCUCUUUUGGCAUGCAGGAUUCAUCGUGGAGAAACCGCUACUCUGAUCCCAGGGUGCACCAAGAAACACCAAGGGCAGUUCAUGGCUCUCUGCCGUACAAUAAUCCUCCUUCGCAGCACUUUAAUCCUUCUCAUCGUCUGCCGAACUUGUCACCCGAUCGCCCUCCCGAUUAUCCUCAAGGGUCGAGUAUGAGGACCCUCCCUCCGCCUCGACCACCUUCGACGGGCAAUCCGGCGCUUGGCAACCUAGGAUCACCAGCAUUGUCCGAGGAGGCCUCAUACUUUCGACGACCUGCACGAGAGGAGGCCCGACCCGCGCUAGAUCGGUCAGAGAGCGAUGCCGCUUCUACGCUAGCUGGACUGGCAGCAGGGGUGUCGCGCCCUGAGACCACGAGACCCCUCAGUCAUCCACCCCCACAUUCCUCGCCUCCUUGA